UUGUCUACAGGAGCUUUUAUAUUCUGGAACUUUUAUGUUUCUACAGAGAAGUGAUGCCUGCUUCCCUAGGUUCAUUUUCUUACUGUUGGCCAGUUGAACUGUGAGCUGUGACUUCAGUAAAUGAAUGAAUAUAAAGUUCCCCUUAAUGACUUGGAGCUGCUAAAUAUAUCCUUAUGGAGGGGAAAGGGCAAGGGGGCAAGAGAACAGCUGGGGGUAGAGGUGGAAAGUUCUCAGGUUCCUUAAGAAGGAUGAGCGGGUCCUUCAAACGUACAUCUCUAAAGGGCUCUUCGCCUGGAUCCCAAAAGGGUCAAAAGGCUUGGCUAGAAAAGACAUUUUGUAAGCGAGAAUGCAUCUACGUACUUGCCAACAGCAAAGACAGCAACAGGUGUUGCUGUGGCCAGUUACUUACUCAACACAUCCCAGUUCCUCAAAAUGCUACGGGUAACAAGAAUGGAGAAGAGUGCAAACAGCUCGAAGCAGUGCCUGAAAAAUGGUCCAUCAGUAAACACACUCAGCUAAGCCCUACAGAUGCUUUUGGAAUUCUGGAGUUCCAGGGGGGCGGGCACUCCAACAAGGCCAUGUAUAUUCGUGUGUCCUAUGACACAAAGCCUGACUCUUUGCUUCACCUCAUGGUAAAAGAAUGGCAGCUGGAACUUCCAAAGCUUCUUAUCUCAGUGCAUGGAGGGCUUCAAAACUUUGAAAUGCAACCGAAACUGAAACAAGUCUUUGGAAAAGGUCUAAUCAAAGCUGCCAUGACUACUGGGGCCUGGAUAUUCACUGGAGGAGUAAGUACAGGAGUUAUACGCCAUGUUGGAGAUGCCUUGAAAGACCAUUCUUCUAAAUCCAGGGGAAGAAUAUGUGCCAUAGGAAUUGCACCAUGGGGGAUUGUAGAAAACAAAGAAGACCUUAUUGGAAAAGAUGUAACAAAACCUUACCAAACAAUGUCAAACCCCCUUAGUAAACUUUCAGUGCUAAACAGCAGUCAUACACAUUUCAUCCUUGCUGAUAAUGGGACAUUAGGGAAGUAUGGAGCAGAAGUGAAAUUACGGCGCCAGCUCGAGAAACACAUUUCUCUCCAGAAAAUCAAUACACGUCUAGGCCAGGGUGUGCCUGUGGUUGCUCUCAUUGUUGAAGGAGGUCCUAAUGUCAUCACAAUAGUAUUGGAAUGUUUACGAGAAGAACCUCCUGUCCCUGUGGUGGUUUGCGAUGGUAGUGGCCGAGCCUCGGAUAUAAUGUCUUUUGCACAUAAGUAUUCUGAGGAAGGAGGGAUAAUUAGCGAAUCUCUCCGUGACCAGCUUCUCGUUACCAUUCAGAAAACCUUUAACUACAGUCGCAACCAGGCUCACCAGCUGUUAGUGGUUCUGAUGGAGUGCAUGAAGAAGAAGGAGCUGAUCACUGUGUUCCGUAUGGGAUCAGAAGGUCAGCAGGAUAUUGAAAUGGCCAUUCUAACAGCUCUUCUAAAAGGAACAAAUGCAUCUGCUCCAGACCAGUUAAGCUUGGCAUUGGCCUGGAAUCGUGUUGAUAUUGCUCGGAGUCAGAUUUUUGUGUUUGGACAUCACUGGCCACCCUUAGGGAGCCUUACAGCAGCUGAUGGGACCACUCAGGAUAAAGACAAGAAAUCACCUGCUGCUCAACCGAAAGCACAACGAGGAAAGGGCAAAGGUAAAAAGAAAGGCAAGGGCAAAGGCAAAGAAGAGCCAGAGGAAGAAACAGAUCCAAGGAAGAUUGAGCUGCUUAACUGGGUCAGUUCCUUAGAACAAGCGAUGAUGGAUGCCCUAGUUCUUGAUAGGGUCGAUUUUGUAAAGCUUUUGAUUGAAAAUGGAGUCAAUAUGCAGCAUUUUCUAACUAUCCCUCGCCUAGAAGAACUUUACAACACAAGGUUGGGGCCCCCAAAUACUCUGCAUUUUCUUGUUAGAGAUGUUAAAAAGGGUAAUCUCCCACCUGAUUAUCAUGUCAGCUUGAUCGAUAUUGGUCUUGUGCUUGAAUACCUCAUGGGUGGAGCUUACCGCUGUCACUAUACAAGAAAAACCUUCCGAACCCUUUACAAUAACUUAUUUGGACAAAAGAGACCAAAAGCUCUUAAGCUUUUAGGGAUGGAGGAUGAUGAGCCUCCUACUAAAGGGAAGAGAAAAAAAAAGAAAAAGGAAGAAGAAAUUGAUAUUGAUGUGGAUGAUCCAGAGGUUAGUCGGUUCAAGUACCCAUUUCACGAGCUGAUGGUGUGGGCUGUGCUCAUGAAGAGGCAAAAGAUGGCUCUGUUUUUAUGGCAACGAGGGGAGGAAACUAUGGCUAAAGCACUUGUGGCAUGCAAGCUAUAUAAAUCUAUGGCACAUGAAUCCUCAGAGAGUGAGCUUGUAGAUGACAUCUCCCAGGAUUUAGACAACAACUCAAAGGAUUUUGGUCAGCUAGCCAUGGAGCUGUUGGAUCAGUCUUACAAACAUGACGAGCAAGUUGCCAUGAAACUUUUAACCUAUGAGCUAAAAAACUGGAGCAACUCUACCUGUUUAAAGCUUGCAGUAGCUGCCAAACACAGAGACUUUAUAGCACACACAUGCAGCCAGAUGUUACUUACUGAUAUGUGGAUGGGACGUCUUCGCAUGAGGAAAAAUCCAGGCCUUAAAGUAAUAAUGGGGAUUAUUUUCCCACCGACCAUCCUGUUUCUUGAGUUCCGAUCCCAGGAUGACCUUUCAUUUCACACGUCCAAAGAAUAUGAAGAAGGCAAGGAAAAAGAAGAUGAAAACAUGGAUGGAAAUGCUGAUACAACCUCUAGAAAGGGAGAUGAAGAAAAUAGCAAUGGAAAGCAGAAAAGUAUUCCAAUAGGAACAAAGAUUUAUGAGUUCUACAAUGCACCAAUUGUCAAGUUCUGGUUCUACACUAUUUCGUACUUGGUAUACUUAAUGUUAUUUAACUAUGUCAUCCUGGUGAAGAUGGAAAGGUGGCCUUUAGUCCAGGAAUGGGUAGUUAUCUCCUAUAUUGUGACACUUGCACUGGAGAAAGUUAGAGAGAUUCUCAUGUCCGAGCCAGGAAAGCUGAGCCAAAAAGUCAAAGUCUGGCUCCAGGAAUAUUGGAAUAUUACUGAUCUUGUAGCCAUUUCUGUAUUCCUAAUUGGAGCUAUACUGCGACUGCAAAGUCAGCCUUAUAUGGGAUAUGGAAGAGUCAUUUACUGUGUUGAUAUCAUCUUUUGGUAUAUUCGUGUAUUGGAUAUUUUUGGUGUCAACAAAUACCUUGGACCCUAUGUCAUGAUGAUUGGAAAAAUGAUGAUUGACAUGCUGUACUUUGUGAUCAUUAUGCUGGUGGUUCUGAUGAGCUUUGGUGUAGCACGACAGGCAAUCCUGCACCCAGAUGAAGAGCCUUCAUGGAGACUUGCCCGGAAUAUCUUUUACAUGCCUUAUUGGAUGAUCUAUGGAGAAGUGUUUGCAGACCAGAUAGACCUGUAUGCAAUGGAGAUUAAUCCACCCUGUGGUGAUAACCUAUAUGAUGAGGAUGGAAAACGCCUCCCCCCAUGCAUCCCCGGAGCAUGGUUAACUCCAGCACUCAUGGCAUGUUAUCUUCUGGUAGCAAAUAUUCUUCUAGUAAACCUGCUAAUAGCAGUGUUCAACAAUACAUUUUUUGAAGUAAAGUCUAUUUCGAACCAAGUGUGGAAAUUCCAGCGUUAUCAGCUUAUCAUGACCUUUCAUGACCGUCCAGUUCUACCACCUCCCAUGAUAAUCUUCAGCCACCUCUUUAUAAUUUUGAAGCGUGUUUGCUGCCGAUGCAAAAAGAUACAGGAAGGGGAUCUGGAUGAACGUGAUAGAGGACUAAAGUUGUUUCUAAAUGACGAAGAACUGAAGAAACUGUAUGAAUUUGAGGAACAAUGCGUCGAGGAAUAUUUCCAGGAGAAAGAAGAUGAACAGCAGUCUUCCAAUGAUGAACGGAUCAGAGUUACUUCAGAAAGAGUUGAAAAUAUGUCUAUGAGGUUAGAAGAAGUCAAUGAAAGGGAGCACUUCAUGAAAGCUUCUCUGCAAACUGUAGAUCUUCGACUCUCUCAACUAGAAGAGCUUUCAGGAAGAAUGGUAAAUGCUCUGGAGAAACUUGCUGGUAUUGAUAAGUCAGAGUUCAUUAAUGAACGCUCUCGUGCAUCCUCUGUGUGUGAUGCAGCUUAUCUCCUCCGGCAAGGCAGUGUAAACAGCUCAGAUGGGAACAGCAUUUACAAAUACCAUAUAGAAGCAGAUGAAGUGACAUGUGAUGACAGCACAGGUUCAGUAUCACCAGCUUUGGGGUUACGUAGAAAAGCAUAUUCCUUUGGGAUGAGGACAGAGAAAGGAGAACAAGAUAAUAAGGCACAGUUGGUACCACGACAGGCAAGUCUCCGUUUUGCUUCAAGUGCUAAUGCAGUAGCAACAAAGGAUGCCAAUAAAGUCACCUUAGGAAUUGUUUCCAAAAGUACAAGACCAAUUUCUUGCAUGGAAAUUUGGAUUCCAGAAUGUGAUAAGGAUGAAACUAAUAGUGAAAAUCCAAGCAUCCCACAUUUAAGCCAAACAGAUAUUGUUACAAAUGGUCAGUCAGGAGCAGAAGUAACAGCAGUUUCUGAAUCAGAAUUUGCUAACUCUCAUUUGACUGUAGAAAAAACAAAGUUAGAAGCAACUAUUUCAUUUCCACUGGAGAGAUCUAAAGCUAUGAAAUAUUAUGCAGGUCAAUCCUUUAAUACCUGCCAAACUACUAUGACUAAAUCUAGAAGUUUUGUCUUUACCCAAGGUGAAAAACUGGUGGGUGGUGUCAACAAUUGGGCAGAAUACAGCACAAUUAUGGAUAAAAUGUGUGCUGCUUCACCAGAAGAGUGGGCUGACCGGUGGAACUACCAUGGAGACUCUUCAAGAAAACCAAGUCCUGAACUUACAAAUGUUAUAUCAGAAGCUGAGAUUCAAGCAGAAUUAAAGCCUUUAUUAACAGACACCGAAGAUGACAGUGAUAUUGGAGAAACGGGAAACAGUGCCUCAUAUCCUUGUACACCUUUUCCUGAAAAGACAGAAACGAAAAACUUACUCUCUGUGCAAUUAGACAGGACUUGUGGAUUUGCUUCCCCAAGGUCAAAAAGUUUACAUAGCCACACAGGAAAGUCCCGGUCCUUAAUAGAUAAGCUAGAGCGACCUGGUCAUGCCAGUAGUGUUAUGAACAUUGUGGUGGCAUGUGGUAGUGUAACAGAGGACACAAAAACCAAACAAGAAAAUGUCUCCUCAGAAACAGAAUGUUAAUAUUGGCAUGAUCAUAAUUUAGCUAUUUACUUUACAAAAUCACUGAAUAAAAUGGCCAAAUAAAAUUCAAGUCCAAGGAUAUUAUGGUUUCCCCCAAAGUCCAGCAAUAGAUCAGGUUCUCCUCCUCCUGUCAGAAAAAUCUUCAAAACAAAAGUUGCUGUAUUCCUCAGAAAAACACAUUUUUUUGAGGAGGGAGAAUGACAGAAUUUUUUUUCUCUUUUUAUAGUGUAGUAUUUCCAAAACUUCAUUUACUUACACCCUUAGUGAUUUUAUACACACAUUGUGCCGAAAGUCAGAAAAAAGAACGUAACUCGCUUACGCUCUUACGCGUUUCGCUCAGGGGAGAAGUCAUUCAGGCGAAAUGCGUAAGCGGCACUACGCUCAUCUGUUGCAGAAGCGCCCAGUUUAAAUGUACAUGUAACUCUGAGGGAAGCUGAGGAGCCAUAGCGAUAUUUUGGGACGCAUACAGACAUCCUUUUAUGCAGUUUUAAUAAGAAACUAAAUGUGAGUGUAUUUUUAAUGUCUAUUAAACUGUGUUCAAGAGAAUCUGCACAUGUUGUUCUUAUCUCUCUACACAACUCGUGGAGACUGAAGUUGGAAAUACGGAAUGAAGUAAUCUUAACCCCUGCCUGUUCCAACUCACGUCUGGUGAGUGUUUUGUACUAGCGGAGUACCGUAACUCCAGUGGUAUCCUCUCUGAAUCUGUCAGUUGUCUGUGAAUUAGUAACAUUCAGGGUCUCUCCCGAGUUACGUUCUUUUUUCUGAGUUUCCACAUGUGGGAGUCACUAAUCAGUAAAGAAUAUAUGGAAUGAAUGAUUACUCCACAAGGUGAUUAAUCAACACGGGGAUUUGUGUCAUUCCAAGGACACGUUUCACUGCAUUUAUUGUAUUCACUAAGUGGCACAUAAAAAGUGUUAAUAAAACACGGCACAAUGUGUGUAUAAAAUCACUAAGGGUGUAAGUAAAUGAAGUUUUGGAAAUACUACACUAUAAAAAAAAAGAAAAAUUCUGUUAUUCUCCCUCCUCAAAAAAACUUGUUUUUCUGAGGAAUACAGAAACUGAAUAAAAUGGGUAAGUAUGAAUAAUCAGUGUUGCCAUGAAAAAAUAUCAGUUCCAGUUUAACAGGCCUAAAUUGAAAACUCAGUUAAUACUUGUAUGUUAAAACUUCAUGAUUUCAGUUAUUCUACGUAGACUCCUGAGGUCUUCAGGUGUGUUACUUGAUUUUCAGUUUCCAGCUAUAGCUAUUUUAUUCAGCCUCUGUGGUCAGAUGGGCUUCACUCUGCCCCCUGCCCAUACACAGUAGGUAGAUGUCCUUUUAUUCUCAUUGGAUGGUCAUAUCAUGUAACAUGAGGAUAAAAGGAUACUAAUGAAACAGGAGAAUGGAAAUAAUACUUUCAUCCCAUGAAAACAUAACUCAUAUGUAAUAGUAGUCAGAACAACACGAUUAAAGUUUUAUACAGCACAUAUUCCACCUUCCAGUGAUUGUCAAUGAAAACACAAUAUUGAACAGCACAGAUCCAGAUUCAAUUAGAACUGCCUUUAUUCACAAAAAUCAGCACAUUAUUGAGGUUUUCACUGCAAUGUUUUUGGCUCCAUAUUUCCCUUUGUUAUAUUACCACUGCAAUUUUAUGCAUAAAGGCAAUUUUUCUGGAUUGAUGAUUUUCAAUAUUGUAUUUUCAGACCCAUUCUGGCUUUGCCUUCUGUUCCUUUCCUAGACCUCUCCAGUAUUAAAUUAUAUAGUACAGUAUAAGAACUAUGGCACAUCACAUUCUCCCUUAUUUUCUUCUCAGGGUCAAGUUCAUUUAUAAGAAUUUUAAGUAUAUUGGCUUUGAUAGACAAGCCAAACUGUUAUAACCUUCACCCUACAAAAUGGUUUGAGUGUUUUAUAAAUAAAAUUAAAAAUUUGAAGUCAUUUUUUGGAUACUUCGACCAUCAAAUAGGCUACUACGACU